AUGGGUCGUCCAUCCAGCCUGCAUCUAGCCAACCGGCUGACCGAGUACGCAGGCGGAGUGAACAUUUGGCUGAAGCUCGAGGACUUGAACGACACUGGCUCUUACAAGAUUAAUAACGCCUUGGGUCAGAUUCUCAUUCCUCGCAGACUCGGUAAGACGGAGAUUAUCGCGGAGAUGGGAGCAGGCCAACACGGCGUCGCCACCGCUACUGUCUGCGCCAAAUUCAGCAUGAAAUGUACCAUCUACGGUGCGGAGGAUGUCCGUCGACAGGCGUUGAAUGUCUUCCGGAUCCGUUUGUUGGAUGCUACUGUUAUCCCCGUCGAGUCGGGAUCGCGUACCUUCCAGGACGCGGUGAACGAGGCCUUCCGUGCGUGGAUUGUGCGCCUGGACACUACGCAUUAUAUUAUCGGCUCAGCAAUUGGACCUCACCCCUUCCCUACGAUGGUCCGCACGUUCCAGAGUGUGAUCGGAGAGGAAACUAAGACCCAGCCACGGGACCUAGGCAAGAGUCCCGACGCCGUGGUCGCUUGUGUGGGAGGUGGCUCGAACGCAACGGAAAUGUUCUAUCCCUUCUCCGACGAUAUGUCUGUCCAGUUGGUUGGCGUGGAAGCUAGUGGAGAUGGCCUAGACACAGCGCGGCAUUCAGCCACGCUAAGUGGUGGCUCGAUGGGAGUUUUGCAUGGUGUUCGGACGUAUGUCCUACAGGAUGAACAAGGCCAGAUCUCCAACACUCACUCCAUCUCUGCGGGACUCGAUUACCCGGGAGUCGGACCGGGGCUGGCGAACUGGAAGGAGGGCAACAGGGCUACAUUCCUCUCGGCAAGGAUGCACAGGCCCUACAGGGCUUCCGCCUGCUGA